AUGUGUUACCUCGCAUGUUCACAGCUGGGCAGUCCUCAGCAGAAACCCAAGCGUUUACGGGUGUUGGCUGACGUGUCGGGCAGCAUGUACCGCUUCAACGGUGUGGACGGCAGGCUGGAGCGCUCCAUGGAGGCUGUGUGUAUGGUCAUGGAGGCUCUGGAGAACUAUGAACACAAGUUCAAGUACGACAUAGUGGGCCACUCAGGCGACGGCUACGACAUUGAGCUGAUCAGACCGGACAAAGUCCCUAAGAAUAACAAGCAGAGACUCAAAGUCCUCAAGACCAUGCACGCCCACGCUCAGUUCUGCAUGAGCGGCGACUACACUCUUGAGGGCACCGACGCCAGCAUCAAGGAGCUGGCGCGAGAAGAGGCCGACGAGCACUUCGUGGUGGUGCUCAGUGACGCCAACCUGGAGCGCUAUGGCAUCCAGCCUGAGCGCUUCGCCCAGGUCCUGACCUCCAACCCACAGGUUAAUGCCUUUGCCAUCUUCAUCGGAUCCCUUGGCGAUCAGGCUGAAAGACUCCAAAAGACCCUUCCACCGGGGAGAUCCUUUGUUGCCAUGGACACCAAGCAGAUUCCCCAAAUACUGCAGCAGAUCUUUACAUCUACAAUGCUGUCCAGUGCCUAAGACACAUAAACACACACAUACACUCACUUCUUAUCUCACACAUCCAAAACCUCACAUUUUGUUCUGCAAGCUCUGAGACGGUAGCACAAGCGUGACUUGUCACGAUGUGAUAACCCACUUUCUGUAUCAGAUUAUAUAACUUUAUCUGAACUGUAUCAGGUCUGCAGACUGGCCUUUGUACAGGCCUGAAGGGAACGGUUUAUUAUUUUACAGAAGCCUUCAGUAGAAGCAGAAUGUGGCAGUGCUGUGUAGCGUGACGAGUUAAAUAAUGUGUACUGUCCCUCGGGGAAUAUUUACUGUACAGUGUGGUCUGUGAUCAGUGUGACUCUACUGGGAAAUGACACACACUGCAACUACAGUGACAUUAUGAGUGCCUGGAGUCUGUCUCAGACCCCAUGUGGGGAUCAAACACAGGCCCCGACCUGUUGUUGUUUUUGAGUUUUGGGCCGAUAGUGUACUGACGCAGGCACACAUGCAUACGUCCUGUUUUGGGUUGCGAGCAACUUUACUUAGACGGGGGAGGGUCACGAACUUGAAACGGGCUCUCUUACUUGGACUUCCUCCUCAUUUAUCGUCUGUCGCGCAGAAAAAUGCGCACACACACACGACACAUGCAGGAAGGGUAGCACUACGCGCCAUCUGACAGACACUUGGAUGUGGCGAAAGGCUGAACUUGGCUCUUUUGGAAUGCUGAGACUGUGAGCAGGGAAUUUCCCACCUGACUGCACACGCUCUUUAAAGGCAGCCGCUGUUGCACAACCCCCUGCUGUGUGUGUGUGUGUGG